AUAAGGUCUGGGGUGCACAGUGUGAAUUUCUUGUUGCCACCUGGUCCGUAUAGUCAAGGAUGGCUUUCAGGAAUAUCUCAAACUGCGGUCGUUGGGGACGGUUGGGUCAUGCAUUGAAACGUUCACAGACGCGCUCACUUGCGACGUUGGCCGAGGACGUGAAGUCCGACGCGGCUUUCAGUAUCCCCUUGAUCGACUUCAGCAAAUUCCGCACGGCAGCCUCUCAAGCAGAGAAGCGCCGCACUGCAGAUGAUAUUGUUAGAGGUUUCAAGGAAGUCGGGUUCAUCUACCUCAACAAGCAUGGUAUCUCCGAUGACACUGUUCAGCAUACAUUCAAGAAGAGCGCCGAGUUCUUCCGUCUGCCGAUGGAGGCCAAGUCCCAGCUGGCAUGGGAGGACCCCCGUGCAAACCGUGGUUACGUGCAGAUUGGGCGCGAGCGCGUCACCCAGUCCGCCGACGCGAACGAGAUCGCCGCGCUGCGCGCCAAGGCGCCCGACUUCAAGGAAUCCAUGGAGAUUGGGCGUGACUGGGACGCGACCUGGAAGAACCGCUGGCCGCAGGAGGGCGCCGCUCCCGGCUUCCGCGAGACGAUGCUGCAGUUCUUCCAGACGUGCCACGACCUGCACACUCUCGUCAUGCGCGCGAUCGCGAUCGGGCUCGACCUCGACGAGAUGUUCUUUGAGGACAAGAUUCACGAGCAGUACCAUAACCUGCGCCUGCUGAACUACCCGCCCAUCCGGAGACAGCUCCUCCAGCAAGAGGGACAGGCUCGGGCGGGCGCACACUCAGAUUACGGCACGCUAACCUUGCUCUUCCAAGACUCUGUCGGUGGACUCGAAGUCCAGAACCCUCACACGAAGCAAUUCCAGCCCGCUCCUCCGAUCCCUGGCACCAUUGUCAUCAACGCCGGCGACCUGCUCGCGCGGUGGAGUAACGACGUCCUACGCUCGACGCUGCAUCGUGUGGUCGCGCCCCCUGCGAAGCAGGUUAGCGCGACGGAGAGCAUCACCCCUGCGCGGCAGUCCAUUGCGUUCUUCUGCAACCCGAAUGCGGGCGCGCACAUCGCCUGUCUCCCGACGUGCGCAGGGAAGGAGGCCAAGUAUGCUCCUGUGACGACUGAGGAGUAUAUCGUAGGCCGUCUUUCUGCCACGUACAGUUGAGCUGUUCGGCAGUGAUACCAUCCGGGAUUGAAGGGGGCACAGUGGAGGGCUUGGUUUCAUAACCAGACUGAGUGUAUGGCUGCUGUAUACAUUUGGGAAUGUUUCACGAUGUGCUUCUUUUGGCAAAAGAAAUGUAAUUCUUGGUUUGGGCCUCUU